GAGGCAGAUGGUAUUGAUUUCCGAUUCAAUUCUGGAACUGUCGGCACCGUGGUUAGUUCGCAAUUCAGGGUCGGAAAUGAGAAACGAAGCAAUUUCCCUGGCACUGAUGUUGGUGGUGGCGGCGAUGCUGGUACCGAUUGGGCAGGGAGCUGUGGAUAUAUUUUCCGGUAUGGCUGCUGGCGACGGAAAGAAUAAAGAACAGCCGGAACCCGUACAGGAGGAUCUAGAGGACGUCCAUUUACAAACUUGCGUGACGGAUGUUUAUGCCGAGGAGCCAAUUAAGUUCGACGAGAAACUGCUUUCAUUAUCGACGAUGGGCAACGCGAUUAAGGAAAUUCCCAAGCCUCCGGCGAUGCCAAGCCUCAAGCAGACUUUGAGUCGAUUUACGAACGUGUUCCAGCUACCUAGGUUCUCGGAAAUGGGCCAAGAACUCAAAGCCAUAAUCGGCGGGAUUCGAGCUAUCGUCGAUGUUUACAUCCAGCAGUGGAUGGGAUUCUUCCGGAAACGUCACCGGGAGACUGUGGGGAAGAUGAAAGCUUCGGUGCAGCAGAUGAACCGGCAGAUACGCGAUUCCUUCGCCAAUCAUUUCGCCGAAUUCAAGGACGUUUGCCUAUCGGAUUCGAACCGGUGCCUCCAAAGCAUCCAGAAAAGUGUGGAAGGUUACGACAAGCGAUUGAAUAAGAACAUGGCAGCUUGCAACGAGUUCGCAGAACGCCAGGUGAAUCAACAUGAUCGAUGGGUGGGGCAUGAGGCGAAAUUGCUGGAAAGACCGUUACUCCGACUGGAAGGUUGCUUCGGAGAGGGUCAUGUCGGAAUCAGUCUAGCUUCAUGCGUGGGAAAUAUGGUGAGCAAUACGAUGAAGGCGGCGACGGAUGGCUUGAAACGAUUCUCCGAAGCGAUGGGAACUGCAUCGACCAGUCUGGAGAAUCGGUUGGGUAAAUUCCAGGAAUGCGUUGUGAAUCGGAAAAAGCUACUGGACCGAGGUCAGACGCGAAUUGCCGAACGGGCCAAGCAGUGCCUCCGGAAGCAAUCAACUGAAGAAGGGGAAAUAUUCGGAGGCGACCACGGGGAUGAGUUCUAGUAGCCAG